AAUGGAUCCAGGAAGGAAGGCAAGAUGUUGGCAUAGCUGUUGUGUUUGAAAACCUGCUAUGCCAACAACUUGCCGUCUUUCCCGUCCAGAAUCACCAAAGCAGCCUGACAGGACGAAGAGCGAUUUUAUCAUCAAUGUAUUUUCUGAUGCUCUUUUGAAAAUUCAAAUGUGUAUACAGUAUCGUAUAAAUAAAAGAAUUUGGAUUCAAAUGCGUGAAUUGGCUUUACGCAGCGCAUAUCCUAUGCACACACACACAAGUGAUCAAAUAAAAAAAAUGUGUUAUUAAUGAGUUGAACUGUUGUAUUUAUACAAUUCAAAUCAAUCUGGAUAUAAAAUGUCGAUUGAUGUCAAGUUGUGUGCUGGCCCUUUAAGAAAUUGGAAACGCUGGUCACAUGAUUCUUGUCACAUGACAAGCCACUUCCGCGUUUGCUACGGCGACUGGACCGUAUAGAGCGAUGAACAGUGAAAACUUCACGCUGAGCGAGAAGAUUGUGUCGGCGUCGUACAUCCGACAGGCGAGUGAAGCUCGCCGCGGCCACGAGCAGCUCAUCAGGCAUCUGCUGGAGCAGAGAAAGUGUCCAGAGGAAGGAUGGAGCGAGGCCACUAUCGAGCUCUUCUUGAACGAGCUGGCCGUCAUGGACAGCAACAACUUUCUAGGCAAUUGCGGCGUGGGUGAACGGGAAGGCCGUGUGGUAUCCAACAUGGUGGCAAGACGACAUUACAGGUUGAUCCACGGCAUUGGCCGCUCAGGUGACAUCGCGGCCAUUCAGCCAAAAGCUGCCGGGUCCAGUCUGCUGAAUAAACUGACCAACUCGCUCGUGCUGGACAUUCUAAAGAUGGCAGGCGUGAGGAGCGUGAAGAGCUGCUUCGUGGUGCCCAUGGCGACCGGCAUGGGCCUGACUCUGUGCUUCCUGACUCUGCGCCAACGGCGGCCGAAGGCCCGCUACAUCAUUUUGCCACGCAUCGACCAGAAGUCCUGCUUCAAGGCCAUGAUCACAGCAGGCUUCGUGCCCGUCGUGGUGGAGAACGUGCUGGAGGGCGACGAGUUGCGGACCGACGUGGAUGCCGUGGAGCGCAAAAUCUGCGAGCUGGGAGCCGAGAGCGUCCUGUGCGUCCAUUCCACGACGUCAUGCUUUGCGCCACGAGUGCCUGACAGGCUGGAGGAGUUGGCCACCCUGUGUGCAAAAUAUGACAUCCCCCACAUAGUCAACAAUGCAUACGGAGUGCAGUCAUCCAAGUGCAUGCACCUCAUCCAGCAGGGGGGCCGUGUCGGACGAAUCGACGCCUUUGUCCAAAGCUUGGAUAAGAACUUCAUGCUUCCAGUUGGGGGCGCCGUAAUCGCCGGUUUUGAGGAAGCCUUCGUGCAGGAGAUUAGCAAGACUUACCCAGGCCGAGCAUCUGCGUCGCCAUCCCUCGACCUCCUCAUCACGCUUCUCACGCUAGGAGCCAGCGGCUAUAAGAAACUCCUGUCCGAAAGGAAGGAGAUUUACGUACUCCUGGCCGAAGAAUUGAAAAAGUUGGCGUCGGCGCACGGCGAGCGAUUGCUUCACACCCCCCAUAACCCCAUUUCGCUUGCCAUGUCGCUGGACGGGCUGCGGGCCGACUGCGACCAGGCGCCGACUCAGCUGGGCGCCAUGCUGUUCACUCGCCAAGUUUCAGGAGCCAGGGUGGUCGCGCUGGGCAAAGAGCAGAGCAUCGGCGGGCACACCUUUCGAGGGUUCAUGUCGCACUCCGAGUCCUACCCGUGCCCGUACAUCAACGCGGCGGCCGCCGUGGGCAUCACCCGCGACGACGUGGCGCUCUGCGUCAAAAGGCUGGACAAGUGCCUGAAGACGCUGCGCAAGGAGGCAAAGCCGCUUCAAAGUAGUUCUCCACUGCCGUCCCCAAAUUCAAGUUAAAUCCAAAUAUCCACAAAUUUAGCUUCUAUUUGUAUUUUUAUGCGAUAAAAUUAUGGUAAAAAGGAUGGCGUAAGACCUUCAUCCUUAUAGAUUAAAUUACCUGUAAAGUGAACAUAAAUCUCUUGUACAUUUGACAGACUGCAUAGAAAGAGUGUUGUAUGUAAUUAUUAUUUUUUUAAUUGUCAAGUAUAUAUUGUAAAAUUAAUCAUGUCUAAUGUGUUUGGGGGAAAAUCACUGAAUUCACUUUACAGUGUCUUUAAAAAACAAUUACAUCAUUCCUAUUCGAUCUCUUGGUCAUGAUGAUUGUGGUACCAUAAUAAUAUUUGUCCAAGAAUAGAUCCUUGUGGAACUCCAUGGCGAACAUGCUUUGUUUUCAGAACCCUCACAUGGACAAAUCAGGGAUGUUUUACCAUUUUGGGACAGGAAUGGGGGGUGGGGGUGAACCUUUUCAUACCCAAACUUGGGUUGGAAUUGGCAUCAGAUUCAACCUAUUACAAGUUUACAACUGUUUAUUUUGUUCAGAAAUGCAAGUAUGCAUUUUCUUUUUUUUCUUUUUUUUUUUACUGUCAUUAAAAGCCACUCGUUAAAAGUGCU